UUUUAUUGUCGUCGAACAAUGACAUUCCACAAGUUACGAGUUACGACUCACGAGUUCAAAUUCCGACGUGUUCUCGUCGCUAGAGGGACCAUUCAACAAUGAUGGUUGUUUACGACCUAGCCAAUAGUCAAUGGGAUUUAAAGGGAAAGAUUUCUAGGUCACCGUGCACUAACGACCUCUACUGAACCAAACUCGGCACUAAAAGCGUAAGCAAAGCGGUCGACGUGUGCUCUGUCCAUAACCUACAACCGAGUCUCUUAUCAUGUCAAAAUAUCCGUGUUUAUAUUCGUUGUUUUAUUAAAUAAUGUCAACCGACAAAUUUCUCGAUCUUGAUAUUAAAAACUUAUUUGAGGAACACACCGUCAAGGACAUCGAGUUGAUACAAAAGCAAAUUCAACAUGAAACCGACCGCAAGAAAAUUGAAUUGCGAACGUUGGUCGGAGAACGAUAUCGUGAUCUCAUUCAGGCAGCCGAUACGAUAGCAGAAAUGAAACAAACUUCCGAAUCUGUCAACAACAAAAUAGUUAACAUUGAAAAAACUUUCCACGAAUUACAACAAAAGUAUCUUAUUGGGUUUAAGAUGGAAGUUGCUCAAGAGAAUUUGAAAAGAGAGACCAGUUGUGUGGCCGAUUCUAUAGUUAUGCAGAUUAAAAUUUUAAUGGAUGUGCCAGAACAGAUUUGGUCUGCAAUAGAUGAUAAAAAUUUUUUAUUUGCUACGCAACUAUUUUUAUUAGCAAGGCACAUUAAUUACAGCCUAGCUUUAGAAGUUGGAGACUCCACUUUAGCUAUUAAAUAUCCACUUGUUUCAAAGCAAUGGGGUAUCAUAAGUCAAUUCAAGAAUUUAUUAUUAAGUUUCUGCAAUGAUACACUGCAAUCGAUAGAAUUGUCAAUGAAGGUUGCAGCAAAUUGUUUAGCUGCAUUAGUAUUACUGGAAGGGUUAAAUUCUGCUGAAUUAUUGGACAAAUUAAUGGCUUUUAGAAGCCAAACUGUACAAUCUGUUAUUACACCAGAAAAUGAUCUAAGUGUUAAGAAUAAAAUCAAACUAUGCUUGAAUGUUUUGAUGGAAGCAGUUCCACUAAUCGACAGUUGCUUCAUAAAAUAUGAAGACAAUCAGGAUGGACUAGUCUCAUUGUAUAUAAAUGAUAUUAAAGAUAUAGAUGCUUUGUCUAUGUUGUCCGAAUUGGACUUAGAUAGCGAUUUGUUGAACAAUUUUUUGCCUAUUGUUGCCAAAAAUCACAAACCAUUUGAACAGUAUGAGUUUGAGAAACUUCCAUUGCUUAGUAUACAAGAGACAGUAAAUACAUGGUUCAACUGGAUAAAUGACUUGUUAAAAGUAGAAGUAAAAAAGCUAUUUAAUUUAGUUGUUUCUGUAAAAGGAAUUUAUAAUAUUCGAGAAGAUUGUCUUGCUGUCGCUAUACCAGCAAAUUGGGAAACGGUAUGGGAGUCGCUUUCUUUACCUAGUGUUAAUUUUUGGAUGGAAUUUUUUCAACCAUUAUUAACAGAAAGAAUAAAAGAUAUUUUAAGUGACAAAUUGAACGUUUGUUUUGCAAACUUGAAGAGAGAUAUUUUGGAAUUGCUAGAUAAAGUAUCCUAUGAAUCUUGCCAAUUUCCAGAGCAUGACUUACGAUGGUUUGUUUGGAAAGAUUCAUCAUCGGACAUUCCGCAAAAAUUGAUGGAGAAUGGAACUUUUGAUAGUAAACGCCCACUUCUUAUGAAAGCAAGCGGUUUUUCUCCGAACAUUUCAAAGUUGUGUGAAAAUUUCGAAUGCGGGCUGUCGGAAGUUUUGCUUCACAUAAAACAGUAUUUGUACGAAUUAGAACAAAAGACUGGAAUUAAAGAUGAUUUGCUAGUGAGCGACCUCUAUUUAGCUACCAACAAGUUUUGCGACCGUACUGAAAUUCAAGAUUACUUGCAAGUAAUUAGUGAGAAACUGAUGAACGAGUUUAUAGUUUUCGUGAAACAAGAGUGCGUAGUGGAGAAGCCGAAAACAGGGCGGCAAGACAUCAACGCGAUUGUGACUGCGAGGUUCUUACAGUCGGUGCCUCUAUUGUGUUCUCACUUCAAGGAGUGCUUUACAAUUUCCAGGUCAACUGGUUUGACUUUGACGAACGUCAAGUGGCAGGAAAUCUGUGAUAAACUAAAACAAGAAAGUACUUCAAUAUGGUCGGUUUGGGCCAAGUGCUUCGCGAGAAAAAUACCUCAACACAGAACCAAACAUUUGGUCAAGGAGUCUGCCGAUGAAAUACGAAUGCACACCAUUAUCACCGACUGGGAAAAAGUAUCGAUCGAGGAAGAGGCUGAAGAGGGAAAGAAGAUCAAGUCUGAAAUUUUAGUUCCUUAUCAGCCUACUGUGCAUUUGCAAAAGUUUUUGGCUUCCAUCUGUCAAGAUAUCAACAAAGUCAUACCUCAUACUAUUCCCAAAUCAGUUUUGAUCGAAAUAAUAAACACCAUUGCUUCUGAACUGCUUGAUUAUUACUCAAAAAUGGCUACGUUCGAGAUACUUCAAAAACAAGCAAUACAGAUACUAUUUGAUAUAAAGUAUGUAAGUUUGUUAAUGGUGCCUCGCGAUGAUAAACCAUUGUACGAAAGAUCGAAUAAACUCAGCAGCAACGUUAUAUCAAAGAUCGAUCCUUUCGAUUUUGAUGUAUUUAGUCCGUUCAUCAAUACGAAUGUCAAAAAAGCCGUUCAACGGACUUUAUUACUUUACGGAAAUUUGGUGCCGCACAUGGAGCAAUUACAUUCCAUGCUAGGUGCGCGAAUCGAGCACAGCGAGGGAUUGAAGUCAGUGAAAGACCCGCCGGGCAUUUUAGCGCUCUGCACGGGCGCUCCGUGGUUUCCAUCUUUGGCCGUCACAGCGCCUGUCAAACACAUUCCCGCUGCGGUGCAAAAUCCCGAGAAAGCACAGCAACAGAAAAAGCCACCGGGAAAGGAUCAGUCAAAAAGCGAUUCGGCCGGCUCGACAAUAAAAUCUGGAGCAGCCGCAUUCUUCGGAGCGAUGGGGGGUGAAUGGUUUGGCACGAGCUAGACUUCAUUUUCCAUUUAUUGUUGAUAUCGUAUGCUUUUAUACUACAACUACAGCGCAUUUGUACAUAAUAGACAAUAAAAUUUCGUUUUUAAA